CUAUUGUCUAUUAUUCCUCCUUGCAACCCUAUCUUUAAUUCUUCUGAUUCUUUGGCUUCAAUCAUUCACUUGCCUUCGUUUCCACCGCCUUCCUCUUCAUUGGCUUUGUAAGUGCAAAUGAACACCAACUCUCGAAGAGCAUGGAUGUAUUCUAGGGAAGUUGAGGACCAAAACUUGUCCCCACAAUUUGAAGCAUGUGUGGCAGCAUUUGUAGCAUGGGCAAAAGCACAACACGGUUGGGUCGUCAGAGGAGAAAUUUUAUGUCCAUGUUUGAAGUGAAAAAAUAAUAAAUAUAGAAGCCUCGAGGAAGUCACGGUACACCUACUCAGAAGGGGGUUCAUUGCAAAUAAUCAUAUAUGGUUAUUUCAUGGCGAGGUGUUGACAUUUCCGAGUAGCUAUAAGGUGGGAGUCAGAUCCAACUAUAAUAAAAAUGAAAGGCAAACCGAUUGGCAUCUACAGUUACGCCAGUUACUGCGAACGGCAGCGAUGAUGAGAUCGAAGAGUUGCAGAUUCUCCGUUUUCUGAACAUUUAGAUCAGGAAAUGACAUCUCCCAGAUUAAGUAACGCACAACGGAUGGCCGAUAAACCCCUGUACGAAGGUUGUGUUGGUGAAACACAACUUUCAAUUGUGAUUGAGAUGUUGCGCAUUAAGGCACAAAACAACAUAUUAGAUGUUGCAUACGACGAUCUGUGUAAAAUGUCUCGGCGAGCACUGCCUGUUGGUAAUAAUAUGCCAAAAGACUAUUACAGCACACGAAAAUUGACUUCAGAUAUGGGGUUUCCGACUCUGAAGAUUGACAGUUGGGUGGAUGGUUGUAUGCUGUUUUGGAAGGACAAAGAGCAGUUAGACGGGUACGAUUGUUGUGGCGUAUCUAGGUGGAGAACAGGAUCUUGGUGUAAGAAACUCCCAGCGUCACAGAUGAUCUACCUCCCAUUAAAGCCACGAAUUAAACAAUUGUACGAGUUCAAAGAAACCGCGCAUGCAAUGCGGUGGCAUGCUACCUACUCUAACCAAGACGGGCAAAUGAACCACCCUUGCCACGGUGAAGUAUGGAAACAUUUUGAUCGUACUCAUCCGGAUUUUAGUCGAAAUCCUAGGAAUUUGCGUUUUGGACAAUGUACUGAUGGUUUUGCACCGUUUAGUACUUAUGGUGGGAAUUACUCGUGUUGGCCCGUUAUAUUCUAACUCUGUACAAUUUUCCACCUGGUACUUGUAUGCAGAAAAAAUAUGUGUUUCUAUCAGUGCUCAUUCUUGGACCAAAGAACCCCAAGAAGCUCAUCGAUGUUUAUCUUCAACCUCUUGUCAAAGAGUUGGUUGAUCUUUGGGAAGAAGGGUACGUAAUAUAUGAUGUAUACACAACGCAAAAUUUUCGGGUGCGUGCUGCUCUACUGUGGACUAUUGGUGAUUUUCCUUCGUAUGGUAUGGUGUCUGGAUGGAGCACGGAUGGGAUGUUAGAAUGUCCUGUAUAUAUAGAUGACAAUCCAACGCAUAGACUACAAUGAGGAAGAAAAGUUUGCUAUUUUGAUUGCCAUCGGCGAUAUCUUCCAUCAGAUCAUCCGUUUAGGAAUGAUAGUAGAGGAUUUACAGGAGGAAAUGUGGAGACUGAUAUGGCACGAGGUCGUUUGUCUGGGAGGUGGUAUGGGAAUGGCUUCGCAUGAUACCACGAGUUGUGAAUGAUCCACUUGGAGAACAAACACGGAUAUGGACAGGUACACAAAUGGACAAAACAGAGUAUUUUUUGGGAUCUUCCGUACUGGAAAGACUUACUCAUAUGACACAAUUUAGACAUCAUGGACAUCGAGAAAAAUAUGUUCGAUAAUAUUAUACAUAUAAUUAUGGAGACACCAGGAAAGACGAAGGACGACAUGUACACUCUUUGUUAUCGGCCUGAGCUUUUGAUUCCACCCGAUGGGGAUGGUCCUAAAAGAAAGGCUACUUAUGCGUUCACUCGUGCACAAUUGCGUUUGUUAUGUCAGUGGGUGAGCUCCAUUAAAUUUCCAAAUGAUUAUGUUUCGAAUCUAAGGUGGUGCAUCGAUGCAUCGGGGAUGGGAUUGUCAGAAAUGAAAAGUCAUGAUGCACAUGCAUUCACGCAACGACUUAUUCCUAUUGCAACUCGUUUUAUGUUGCAUGACUACUUUUGGGAAGCAUUGACUGAGGUCAGCAUAUUGUUCCAAGUACUAUGUAGUAGUACUUUGUAUCAGCAACAACUGCGUGAACUUACACAGUCUGCACCUCUUGUGCUAUGUAAGUUGGAGAAGAUAUUCCCACACAAUUUUUUAAUACAAUGGAACACCUAAUUAUCCAUCUCCCAGAGGAAGCUUUACUCGCCGGUCCAGUGCACUAGAUGGAUGUACCCAUUUGAACGGUAAAUUUUCUGAGCAUACACUAUAAUUGAUCACUCUGAUGAUUUUCUGGGCAAGUCAAUGAUCAUAGUCCUAAACAGUGUAUAUAUUUCAUAUUGUAGUUUUCUUCAUCACUUGAAGAAGAAGGUGAAAAAUAAGGCCCACGUCGAAGGUCUAUUAGUUCAAUGUACUUUGUGGAGGAGCUUGCUGCUCUUUCAACUUUGUACUUUCAGAAAGAAGCAUCAUCGAACACGAUUGACUUCCUAACACAUUUAUAUAUUUCUUUAAUAU